GCAAAGACUGUUCGGCGAUACCGCAGUGAGAACAGCGACACAUCGCACGCGCUUAGUUCAAUACGAACUUAAAAAAAAAAAGUGCCGACAAAUAUUUUAUUGCAAAAAAAAAUAUUAAGUCAAAAAUGAACAAUGCAGAUUUAUACCGCAAAAGUAACAGCCUCCAAAAGAGAGAUGCUCUGCGCUGCCUCGAGGAACAUGCGAAUAAGAUUAAGUGGAAAAAAAUCGGUGAUAGAGUCAUAGAUUUGGGUUGCGCUGACGGUAGUGUUACUGAUAUUUUGAAAGUUUACAUGCCAAAAAAUUACGGAAGAUUAGUUGGCUGCGACAUAAGCGAAGAAAUGGUGAAAUACGCGAAUAAACACCACGGCUUCGGUAGGACUUCGUUCAGGGUGCUCGACAUAGAGGGCGAUUUGACCGCAGACCUGAAACAAGGCUUUGAUCACGUUUUCUCUUUUUACACCCUCCACUGGAUCAGAGACCAGGAACGAGCUUUCCGGAACAUUUUCAAUCUGCUUGGCGACGAAGGAGAUUGCUUACUUCUGUUCCUGGGCCACACUCCUAUCUUUGAUGUUUACCGCACACUCUCGCAUACAGAAAAAUGGCAUUCUUGGCUCGAGCACGUCGAUCGAUUUAUAUCACCUUACCAUGACAAUGAAGAUCCCGAAAAAGAAGUUAAGAAGAUAAUGGAAAGAGUUGGAUUUAGCAAUAUUGAAGUGCAAUGCAAAACGUUGUUCUAUGUAUACGAUGAUUUGGAUGUUUUAAAAAAAUCAGUAGCAGCUAUCAAUCCAUUUAAUAUCCCGAAAGACAUACUUGAAGACUUUUUAGAAGAUUACAUAGAUGUAGUACGGGAGAUGAGGCUGCUCGACAGGUGUAAUAACAAUGUCGGUGAAUCAGUGUCUAUAAAAUUUAACUACAAAGUCAUCAGUGUUUACGCGAGAAAAUUAUGUUUAAGUUUAAUGUAAUUAAGUUAGAAAAAAAAAACAAAUCCGACUUCUAAAUCUUGGAAAUAAGUUUUUUUAACAUAUUUCUCUCUCUUUGUCUUCCCAGAUUUUCGUGAUUAAGCUUUCUAUUCACUAUUUUAAAAAGCUUUCUCAAUAUAUUGAAUACAGUUUAGAAUACAGUUGGUAUCUGAAAUCACUGAUUUCGAAGUCGGUUACUUAGAACAAAUUUAAUUAGUUAAUUGUAUUUAUAAGGAACGCUACAAUAUUUAUUACAGUAAGUAAUUUUAAAUUUCCGGAAACAGUGGAGUUCAGUGGACAAUGCAGUAUCAGGAGAUGGCUUAGAUGGAUGGACGAGCUCACAGUCACCCGGUGUUAAGUGGUUACUGGAGCCCAUAGACAUCUACAAUGUAAAUGCCGCCACCGAUAUGAGUUAUAAGGUCUCAGAAUAGCUGCCCCACCCUUCAAGCCGAAACGCGUUACUGCUUCACGGCAGAAAUAGGCAGGGCGGUGGUACCUACCCGCGCGGACUUACAAGAGCUCCUACCACUAGUGAGAGCCAGCUGCUUUUUGUUGUCGUGUAAAAUCGGUCGUUGUCUCUAGUCAUAUCAUAGCCGUACAAAAAAAUAGACAACUUGAUAUUAUAACUGUUCUUCAAAUUUCUCGUCACACAUACGAAAAUAAAGUUUGAUGUAUUUACCCGAAAUAUAAAUGUUAACAUAGCUCAUACAUACAUACAUAUAUAAUUCAUAUAUACACAUUAAGUUUUAAUACUCUGAAAUAUGUCUACCCCAAAACAAGAAAGCCUACUGUACUAAAAUUGUAUGCAGUUUUAGUUUUAAUGUAUUAUUUUAAUAACAGUGACAUCUAUUAGCGAUACAUUGAACUAUUUCAACACAACAUUUUUCAUAUUAUUUUCCUUUGAAUCUAAUUACUUUUUUAAGCCGCAGUAAGAUGGCGGUGUUGUACGACUUAAAGUGUUGAGAAUUUAAAAUAAUUUCUACGGUUGUUAAAUUAUAAUUGAAAUAGAAAUCCAUACUAUUUUAAUUACUCAACUCAACAACUCAAUUAUUUUUUAAAGGAGAUGUGUGAGUGAGCAUCACUAGAGAAUUGUUUGACCGUUGACCGAUUGGGCUGAUUUCUUUUUCAUUAUAUCCGUAAAUUUUAGGACAAGUUUUGUACCACCAACUACAGCCACUACAGUAUUCAUUGAUUUUUAAUUACCAUAAGUUUGGUUUGUGUAAAGUAUAUUUAUAAUAACGAUAAAUUUGGUUUGAGUCGUGAUAGUUGGACAUUUCAACUAGUCCGCUUGCUCAUUUGAUUAUACUAUGUGCUUAGUGCGGGUUCUUUAACGUUCGCGAUAGCGUAAAAGUUAACUCAUAUUUGUAUGAAUUGGGAUCGUUUGCCUACGUUUGCGUUAGGGGCGCUAUUCCAACUGCAUACAAAAUUGGGUUAACUUUUACGCUAUCGAGAACGUUAAAGAACUCGCACUAAGCACACUAUUGUAUUUUAUUUGUUGCACAAAUAUAUUUAGAAACAAUCGUGUAUAAUCAUCAUGCUUUAAAAGUAUUCCUAUAAAAUCAUAAACAGUCACAAAAUUUAUUUUUAGUGAGAAUUACAUGAAACAAAUUAUGAAACAAAGUUUGAUUAUACUUUCAAAUGUUUCAUUACUGUUUUUAAGCUUAAGGUAUAAAAUGGCAUGUUUGUGUGUUUACUCAGGCCCUAAGCAACACGCGUUGGCUUUUAAGUAAACUUUGAAGUCUUAGUUAUUCCUGGGUUUAUUUGGCACGUUAGUAAAAUCUACCCUGCCAUUUAGUACCAUUAGAGUGCGAAUGAUUACAGCGUAUGAUUAUUGUUUACAUUUUUAAUUUUUGUUAAUUACUUAACGAAACCUGCCCGGGAUUUAUUGACAACAUAAUUAGUAAAACAUGUGAUAAUUUGAACAAUGACAAAUUUAUUGUUAGUUAAUUUAUUUCACUUUGUAUAUAAUAAUUGUAAGUGUGAUGUUUAAAUAAAUAAAACUAAAGUGUACAA